UGCUUCGUCUCUUCCGGAAGUGAGUGUACGGUUUGAGCAGAGAAGACUUGUUUAUGUUUGAGGGCUGAACUUCGUCUUGGAAUAUUCUAAGCAGGUGGAAUAGUCUAGCAGCACAAGUAAUUUGGAGAUGGGGGACUCCACUCCCACUCACGGUGGAGGGGGAACGGGGGGAGGGAGCUCUGGCGAGUAUGACUAUCUCAUCAAGUUUCUAGCAUUAGGUGACUCGGGUGUGGGGAAGACAAGCUACCUCUACCAGUACACAGACAGCAUGUUUAACUCCAAGUUCAUUUCAACCGUGGGCAUCGACUUCCGGGAAAAGCGUGUGGUUCACCGAGUGCCAAGUGUGGACGGGUCAGUCGGGCGGAGUCAGAGGAUACACUUGCAGCUGUGGGACACGGCUGGGCAGGAGAGGUUUCGAAGUUUAACGACAGCGUUCUUCCGUGACGCGAUGGGCUUCCUGUUGCUGUUUGAUCUGACGAGUGAGCAAUCCUUCCUCAACAUCCGCAACUGGCUGACCCAGCUGCAGACCCACGCCUACUGCGAGAACCCCGACGUGGUGCUGCUAGGAAACAAGUCCGACCUCGAGGACAACCGCCUCGUAUCUGAGGACCGCGCCAGGGAGAUAGCAGACAAAUAUGGCCUCCCGUACUUUGAGACGAGCGCCGCUACUGGCCAGAAUGUGUCCAAGGCGGUGGAAUGCCUCUUGGAUAUGGUCAUGACACGAAUGGAGAAAUGCGUGGACAAAUCUCAGCUUCCCGGCAGUCGAAACAGAAACGGACACGCGUACGGACAGCAUGACGCAGACGACUCGGAAGGAGGAGGCUGUGCAUGCUGACAUAUGACUGGUCGAUAGUGGUUAUACCCUCAUCUGAUUGGACUAGGGAAGAAGAUAUGGUCUGAGAUGCUGAUUCACGAUGAUUGUGUGUCGAGGGAUUGUCGGGAUAUAACACUAGUUAUUCACUGCUGACUGUGAUGUUAAUACUUGUUAAAUGCCUAUCACUAUAUAUGACCCAUAGGUUUGAUUUAUGAUGUAUUAUUACUGCAUGUUUGAAAUUUUAUUUUGCAUUUUUUUUGUAUUCCUUGAGAAAAUAUUGGUUGUGAAAAUAUGCAUUUUUAAAUGUUCAGUAUCCACAUUCUGAGUGUAAUGAUUUUUUGCUGUAGUUCCACUGAAAGCAUGAAUAUGUUUGUCUUGUAAAUAGUAUUAUUAUUUUAUCAUAUGUUUGAAAACUUGUUAAUUAUGACUGUUGACUCAUCGUUGAUUAUCCAGUGUAGUAUCUGUAAUGAUAAUGAUAAUGAUAAUGAUAAUUAUCCUGGGCUCAUUCACCCGUAGCUGGGGCGGUCGGGUUAGCUCGUCACACCGACGACCCAGGGUCGAUACCCGACAUGGGUACAAUGUGUGAAGCCCAUUUCUGAUGUCCCCCACCGUGAUAUUGCUGGAAUAUUGUUAAAAGCUGCAUAAACCAUACUCACUCACCCACCCCCAGCAUCGUUUUGAAAGGAACGUCACCCACCCCACUGCUCCCUCUCCAACUUAGCACAGAAUUUCUCUCACUCCCAUUAGGCUGAUUUGAUUGAAUAGCAUUUUAUUUGUCAUGCUAUUUGAGUCGGACUCAAACCAAGGCUGUGAUAGCGUAUAGGUCCAGGGUAUUAAUUAGAUGUGAUGGAGGUACAAGCGAUGGAUGCUGGUGACUACAGCGUACUGUAUUCGACUUACUAAGUGUGCAUACGAACAUUCCAACAAGAUCCUUGAUCAGGGUCAGAGGCUUGAUUUUGUUUCAUAGGGCCAGAUGUUUAAAAAAAUCAGUUUUGUUAAUGGAUUUUGAUAGUGAAAAAUUUGUUUGGCAGAAAAUAUAUAAUAUAUAGUGCAUUGUUCAGGAUUUUUACUAUUCUAUAAGUAUGAUUUGAUCAGAAGGUGAUACAAAAUUUAAGAUGCCAAAUUUUGGUCGGUUUGGAUCCUUAUUAAUAUUUUUUGAAAGCUAGGCUUCAAGAGUUGUCUCCCUUACAUCCUUAUGUACACUUUACUUUUCACUUGGAUCAGUGUUCAAAGACGUAUUGCUUCUGUCCCCUAUAAGGAAACAUUUUUAGGAAAACCAUUAAUUCCAAUUCCAUAUUUUUGAUAAUUGCCCAUAAGCAUAUAAAUACUUUGCUUCAGACGCUAAUAUUGUGAAUCUGCUGUUUGGUGAUAAUAUGUCCGUAAGUCAGUUAAAACUUAUGCCACAUUUACGUAAAUCGUCCCCAUCAAAACUCGCCUUUAAAGAAAGUUAAGGAUCACCCAAUUCUAUAUUAUUACCAUAGUCAUGGUGUGACAGAUUAACUGUAGUAAUAUGAAAGAAUCAGAUGAUAUUUAACUUUUUUAGGAGAAUGUGUAGAUUCUGUGUCACGUUGGAGUCCUUUAGUACCAUUAUAUUUUCGUCUUUGUUAUAGCUGAAGGAAUUAAUUCUUUAACAACUCUGUCAACCCAACAUCAGUAUAUGGUGUCACAGUUUGAUAAUAUCGUGUCCUUAAUAGGCUAAAUAAAGAAAUAUUCUUGGUUCUCAGGCACCGGCCACAUCAUCAUAAAGUCCGCACGUUUCAUAUUUAUUUCCAUUUUCCAAAAAUUAAAAAAUAUAAUACACAGUUACUUCCCUUUAUAUCUCUUGUUAUGGUCAU